UAUUAAAAAUGAAAGCAAAAGAGAGCACAAAGAAGGCUUGUAUUUUAGAUGACAAUGACCUUGUCCAUAUACAAGGGUUCACCUUUACAAAGCCUAAUCUUUAUCAGUUCAAUCCUAACAGUGGAGAUUUUAUAUACGGUGUUGGCUCAAAUAUUGUAAUUUAUGAUUCUAAAAACAAGAAGCAAGUUAGAUUUCUGAAAAACUCAAGAGGGCUACCUUUUUCUUGUUUCAAAUUUUCUCCUGACGGAAAAGAUCUUUACACAGGUGAAUACAUGGCUAAAGAAGCAUGAAUCAGACACUUUUCUGUCUCGGAAUCAGAAGGGUUAACUUCUACAUCUUUCUCCAUUAAAACUAAAUUCCGUACUAUUGACGGAAUUGAGAUAAAUUCUAGUCAGACUCACCUUUUAAUUUAUGGAUCAAUAAAGAGCACAGAGAAGAAGGAGACCAGAAAGAUAGAGGUGUACAAGAUUGACACAAAAAAGCUAUUAGAGAGUCAUCAAACUUCUUACAAAGUAAAGUGCUCUACCUUCAUUGAAGAUACUUUUUAUAUCUCAUCAAAAGAAUCAGUUUAUCAGAUCUCUAGCAAGUCGAAAUGGAAGCCAAAGAUGAAGAAAAGGUUCACAGCUGAUAAGAGAACUAUAGCUGAUAUGGUUGUAAAAGAGUCAUGACUUUUGACGAUUCUUGAUAACGGUGAAAUUCGCAUCAUUGACUUAGCCCAAACUAAAUCUGAAGAGGUGAUCAAACUUUCUAUUGAAGAUUUAACUCCUGUGUCGAUGGAAAUCUGAAAUGGAAACUUGAUAAUUGGGUGAACCAAUGGAGCAGUAUAUUAUCUAAAGAACGAAAACUUUGAUACCCUGAUAAGGUUACCCAACCCUCCCUUCUUGGGAGAGAAUUCAUCAGAGAUCCCUCAACUUAAGGAGUUUCCGGACAGCAGAGUUGUAAAAGCAUUUAAAGACAAAAUUGCUGUUUUAUUUAAUGACAAGACAAUGGUUUGGUACCAGGUCUGAGAAGAUGGUGAAAUCAAGGUUUUUAAUAUCAUAAAGAAUCAUUUUGAAGGAGUAUAUAGCAUUGAUUGAUACCCUUCUAUUCAUAAUGAUUAUCAGUUUGCUUUCCUUACAGGGUCUGUCGACCGAACACUGAGAAGAUGGAUAGCUAAUAUUGACCAGAAUGAUCUUUCAUGUCAAAUGAAUGAAGAUAAGGUUGGACUUCUUUGAGAUAAUUUUAAUCAUUUGAGAUCAAAGAGUGGGGCUGAAGAAGGAGGUGGAAUAGGCAAGGUCCGAACUAUCUCAGUAAGCAAGAACAUAAAUCUCCCUCAUAUUGUAUGAGGUGAUUCAGCAGGCUUUAUGUGGAUAUUUAACCAAGCUGAUCUCUCACUUGAUAGCCUUAAUGAAAUUCACAACAGUGAAAUUCUUGGAAUCAAAUAUAUGGAGCCAAAAGAUUGAAAAGAUAAGAGGUCUUGCAAAGUUGUAACUUGUGCUAAAGACAAAAAGAUUAAGAUUUUAGAUGGUCAACAAGUCUAUGAUGAAAUUAAGUCCUUUGAGUAUCAUAAAUCUCCAGUAGUAGGACUUGAAGUACUUUAUGACAAAAGAAGUGAUGAUCUCAAAAUUGUCUCAGCUGAUACAAAGGGGACCAUUCAGACUGUUUCAGUUGAUGAGAAUUUAGAAGUUUCUAAAAAUAAGAAGAAGAAUCUAUCUUCAACUAAGAUUUAUAGUAUGAUAUCGAAAGAAGAUACAAUAAUGAUUGGGACUGAUAAUAAACUUCAGGUUUUAACUUGUCGAGAAGAUAGAACAGUUUCUCUUGAUCAUAAUGUUGCUCCUAAAAGCACUCUUCCUAAGGAAUACAUCAAGUUAGAGACAGAUGAAGUUUCACUCUAUCUUGUUGCAUGUUCUAAAAAGAAGAGAGAUAUAAACUUUAUUGAGUUGAAGACAGGCAAUGUUGUUCACAGCUUUACCUGUGGUGAAGUCAUUACUGGGAUAAAGUACUCUCCCGAUUAUAAGUUUCUGAUUACCUCCACAAGCACAGGAUGAAUUUAUAUAUGGAAUGUACCUUCUCACAUCGAAGCAGCAAUCAAAUUCAAAAGGGGGCAGAGCAGUAUUAACCUUACCGAGAAUCCUAUUCCAGGAGAUGAAAGAAUGAGAACUGGAGUGCAAAACUCCCUAGAUUCUUAUAUCGACCCGAAUCAUACAUUAAAAACAACUGAAACUGGGACAACACCUGAGAAAGAAAGGAAAGUGUGGGGAACUUUCCAUAAUAAGAGCCCAAAGCCAAAGGUCCCCGAGAUUCCCAGCUGGGCUGAAUCGACCUGUAGAAUUGAUGAAUCAGAGGAAUCAAAAGAUGCCAAAAGAUGGCAAACUGAUAAAAAGAAAAGCAACGAUCCUUUCGCCCUUCUCAAACAAACAGUGAGUGGCAGCGAAGGAGAUAUCAGUGAUGAAGAAGAGAAGGAAAUUGAUAUUUUGAAUGAAUUCUUGGUCAAUGCCGACCAUAGUGAAACCCAUUCGGAUGUAGAUAACGCAUUUGACUUUGAAAAACCAGAGAAGACUGAAGAGAGAGUAGAUUCUAAGAAGCUUAUUAUCAGCCAAUCAAGGAUUGGAGAUGCAUUGAGAAACAGCGUGUUUGAAAGAGAGAAAUAAAAGAAAAUCAGCCUUGGCUUCAUUGUCUCAAUCUACCAUUGAUGCUCCUCUCAAACCUUUGAUUAAUACAGCUUCAAUUAAAGGAGCUAUCCAGGAAGAUAGCAAUGAAGAAAAUGAUAGUACUAUUCAAGAAAUAAAUUCGAUUCAAAAUGGGAAAGAUAAGCAUAGUCCAAAAUUCAAAGAGGUUGCAAAAGAAGGAGCAUCCAAUAAAACUCAAAAAAAUAUUGAGAAUGAGUUGAGAGAAAAUAGCUCUAAUGUUUUGAAUAAUCCUGCUCUGGAAACCCAGGCAUUAUGUACUUUCGCUGCAUCCAAAAAUCUUGAAUCCAGUCAAGAGGAAAGUAAAGAAAAUCCUGAUGAUGAAAUAGAGAUUCAGAAAAAUCUUCAAGUGGCUUUUGAUUCUUUACAGGCAGCUUCUGAACACUUCAACAAUGCUAAGUCUAAGAAACUGAAGAUCUCACAGAAGACCAAAGAUAUGAUGAUGAUGCUCUCUAGUUCGAUAACAAGCAUGCAGUAUGCUGCUUUUAACGCAAUAGUUAACCAUAAUGAAGAUUAA